AAAUUAAAGAGACGGGGAGGACAGCUAAACUGAUCCUUGCCGUGCAUGGAUAGUUUGUAGAGCGAUCUGGGUGCCCUCUUGCAUGAAGCGCUGAAAACAUGUAGGCAAAUACAGCAGGAAAUAAGGAAGGCAAAUGGCAUUUAUCGUCAAAGGAACAGAUUAUAAAAAUAGGAUCUCUCAGUGGUUGUCUGCUCCCAUCAAAUGCACUCAUGGAGGAGGUAUUCGUUAAGAGAUCACAGCAGAAGAAAAAGACGUCACCACUCAACUACAAAGAGAGAUUAUUCAUCCUGACUGACACCAAAAUCUCCUACUAUGAAUAUGACAGCGAACGAAUGAAACGUGGGUGCAAGAAAGGGUCAAUCGAGAUGGAAAAAGUCAAGUGUGUGGAAAGAGUAACUGCUGAGGAUAACUGUCCCCUGGACAGGCAGUAUCCAUUCCAGAUCGUGUAUGAUGAGGGCCCUCUCUAUGUUUUUGCCAAGAAUGAAGAUGUGCGGAAACAAUGGAUCAAAGAGUUGAACAACAGAAUCCGGUUCAAUCAGGAGUUGAUGCAGAAAUACCACCCAUGUUUUUGGAUAGAAGGAGAAUGGUCCUGCUGUCAACAAUCAGCUAAAAAUGCACCUGGAUGUUCCAUCAUCAAGUCCAUGAAUUCCUUUCCUUCAGCAGGUAAUUCUCGGCGUAAAUCCAGGAAGCCUCUUCCUCCAACUCCAGUGGAAGAACAGCAGCAGAUGAAACGAGCUCCACCUCCCCAACCUAGCUCCGCAUCCAUGAAAGUUGUUGUUGCACUAUAUGAUUACCACAUGAUGAAUCCUGACGAUCUGUCUCUCCGGAAAGAUGAAGAAUAUGUUGUCUUGGAUGACCAGGAUCAGCAUUGGUGGAAGGCUAGAGACAUGCGCGGACAGGAAGGAUUCAUCCCCAGCAAUUACGUGGUGGAAUCUGGGAACAAGCUUGAAACAUACGAAUGGUACAACAAAGAAAUCACAAGGAGCAAAGCAGAGGAGCUGCUGAAACGGGAGGGUAAGGAAGGUGCAUUCCUGCUCAGGAAUUCAAGCCAGGCUGGAAAAUAUACAAUGUCUGUGUACAGCAAAGCACCAGGGGAUCAGAGUGGAAAAGUCAAACACUACACAGUGUGUGUGACACCGUCCAACCAGUACUACCUUGCGGAGAAACACACCUUCAAUUCAAUUCCAGAACUGAUCAACUAUCACCAGCACAACGCAGCAGGGCUUGUUACCAGGUUACGGCACCCAGUGUCACAGCAGAGCAAGAAGGCUCCAUUGACAGCUGGAUUUGGUUACGGUGCCUGGGAGAUCAAUCCUGUCGACCUAACAUUCCUGAGGGAAUUAGGAAAUGGACAGUUUGGUGUCGUGAAACAUGGUAAAUGGCGAGGGCAGUAUGAAGUGGCCAUCAAAAUGAUCAAAGAGGGCUCCAUGUCUGAGGAUGACUUCAUUGAUGAGGCUGAAACAAUGAUGAUGUUGAAACAUGCCAAGUUGGUGCAGCUAUAUGGUGUUUGCACGAAACAACGACCGAUCUAUAUCGUCACUGAGUUUAUGUCAAAUGGCUGCUUGCUGGAUUACUUGAAGAAACAAGGGAAAAAGCUGAGCAGCUUACAACUGCUGGAGAUGACCAAGGAUGUGUGUGAAGCCAUGGCAUAUCUUGAGUCACAUCGAUUCCUGCACAGAGACCUUGCUGCCAGGAACUGCUUGGUUGAUGAGGCAGGAACUGUGAAGGUAUCAGACUUUGGUCUAAGCAGGUAUGUCCUCGAUGAUGAAUACACAAGUUCACAAGGUUCUAAGUUUCCUGUGCGAUGGUCUCCUCCUGAGGUUCUCAAUUUUGCCCGAUUCAGCAGCAAGUCUGAUGUGUGGGCCUUUGGGGUCCUGAUGUGGGAGACCUUUGCUUUGGGGAAAACGCCUUAUGAAAGAUUCAGCAAUGCUGAUGUGGUAGAUCACAUACUCCAGGGUCGCCGGCUGUACCGACCUCAACAGGCCUCUGAGAGUGUCUACAGCAUCAUGUACAGCUGCUGGGAUGAUGAUACAAAAAGCAUUGCAAUAAUAGCUGUAUAUCAGAAGGUUGAAGGAAGAAGCUUGGUGAAAUUGCAAUGACUAAGGAAAUGAUACUGAGCAAAGUGAUGGAGCUGUGGGCUGACAAAUCGCUGGGUCCUGAUGGACUUCAUCGCAGGGUUUAAAAAAAGGUAGUUAAUGAGGUGCUAGAUGCAUUUGUGUUAAUUUUCCAAAAUUGGUUAGAAUUUGCAAAGGUUUCUUUACAGCAAAUUUAACCCCUCUGAGGAGGCAGAACACACAAAACGAUAGCCUUGAUGUCAGUCAUGGGAAAGCUAUUAGAAUCAAUCAUUAAGGAGGUACUGAUGGCAUACAGGGAAAAACUCAAGGUAAUCAAGAAGAGUCAGCAUUGUGAAAGAGAAGUCCUGUUUAGCCAAUUUAUUGUGAUUCUUUGAAGGAGCAACAAAUGCUGUGGAUAAACGGGAGUCCAUUGAAGUGGGGUAUACUUGGAUUUCCAGAAAGACCAAGGUUCCACAUUUACAGUGUAGAACUCAUGCUGCAGAGGGUAACAUGCUUGCCUGACUAGGCAAUUGGCUGGCUGGCAGA